CGCAAACGAGAGCAGAAUUGUAUUUUAUGAAAUAAAGAAGUAUAAUUGUCUCGUUUUAGGUAGACCUCUUUAACUUUGCUGUUAAUUUUCAUGUGCACAAAUCUGUAAGUCAUUGGGUAGCUAUGCAAUAGCGUCUUCUAAAUUAAUAUGGUUUGAAAAGCAAAAACUAACGUUAGAUCUAGGCUAUAUCACAUGCUAGCCUUUGCUAGAUAAAUUGGUCACAGUGAAGUAUCUUAACUUGCUAGCCAGCGUGAACUUGUCAAGUGCAAGAUGAUGAACACCAUUACAGACUCGUCAGCCAGCGCCAGGGCAGGUGAGAAGAAUAUCUUGGUUCCUGGUUGCUGAGAGGAAUAUCUUUUCCAGGUGAAGGUCGGAGCCAUAGAGAGGAGCGUAGGCCAUGAGUGCAGAUGCCAAUCUGGGGGCGGUGACGACCCCUCCCCAGCCCUCCGCGGCCCACAAGGAGAGGUACUUCGACCGGAUUGAUGAGACCGACCCGGCGUACCUCCGCGCCCGGAACAUGUCCCCGGACCUGAGGCAGGACUUCAACAUGAUGGAGCAGAAGAAACGGGUCACCCUGAUCCUGCAGAGUCCGGCCUUCAGGGAGGAGCUGGAGGGCCUGAUCCAGGAGCAGCGGAGGAAGGGGAACGACCCGGCGGGCCUGCUGGCCCUGCGGCAGAUCGCAGACCUCUUCACCGCCAGCAGCGUCCCCGGCUCCUCCGCCCCGUCCGUCGGCCUGGGGAUAGCCUGUCCCAUCAAUGACAUGUUUGGGUUGGAGCUCUCCUCCCUGGUGAAAGGGGAGAGGCAGACUCGCUGCAAGCUGGCCUGCCUGUACCGGCUGGUGGACCUGUUCGGCUGGGCUCACUUCUCCAGCUCCUACAUCACCGUACGAGUCACUAAAGAGCAAGACCAUAUCCUCAUCAUUCCCAGGGGCUUGUCAUUUUCUGAAGCCACAGCAGCAAAUCUGGUGAAGGUGAACAUCCUGGGAGACGUGGUGGAACAGGGCUCCACCAACCUGAGCAUCGACCGCUUCGGGUUCAGCCCCCACUCCGCCGUCUACUCCACCCGGCCCGACGUGCGCUGCGUGGUCCACGUGCACACCCCCGCCACGGCCGCCGUGUCCUCUAUGAAGUGUGGCCUGCUGCCCAUCUCUCAGGAGGCCCUGAUCCUGGGGGAGGUGGCCUACUACAGCUACCAGGGCUCCCUGGAUGAGCCGGAGCAACGGGUGGAGCUGCAGAAGGCCCUGGGCCGCACCGCCAAGGUGCUGGUGCUGAGGAACCACGGUGUGCUGGCCCUGGGGGAGACGGUGGAGGAAGCCUUUCACUACAUCUACAACGCCCAGCUGGCCUGCGAGAUACAGGUGAACGCUUUGUCCUGCGCUGGCGGGGUGGAUAACCUGAUCGUGCUGGACGCGCUGCAGUACCAGCCUGUGACCCAGGGCGUGGCCGUGGGCGGAGUCAGCAUGGGCGGCCAGCACAAGUGGAAGGUGGGCGAGCUGGAGUUCGAGUCCCUCAUGAGAAUGCUGGACAACCUGGGCUACCGGACGGGGUACGCCUACAGGCACCCCAUCGUGCGGGAGAAGCCGCGGCACCGGAGCGAGGUGGAGAUCCCGGCCACGGUGACGGCGUACACGCUGGAGGAGCACGAGCCCGCCCCCCGCUCCCCGUUCGGCUUCCUGCCCCACAAGCAGCAGCAGCGCGAGAAGACCCUCUGGCUCAACUCGCCCAACAGCUACACCAAGGUCAACGUGCCCGAGCCGUCCCACAACGGAGAGGCUAGCCCCCGCACCAAAACCACGUGGAUGAAGGCGGAGGACUUGGGCAACAGCAGCGGCACUCCAAUCAAAAUCGAGGACCCCAAUCAGUUUGUGCCUCUCAACACCAACCCCAGCGAGGUGCUGGCGAAGAGGAACAAGAUCCGAGAGCAGAACCGCUUCGACCUGAUGACGGCCGGACCCUGCGCCCAGGUCCUCGCCGGCAUUGUGGUGGACAAGCCGGCAGCGCCCUACGUGAUGCCGGAUGAGGACCAGAUGGAGCCGCUCCCUCCCAACCCCUUCAGCCAGCUGACGGAGCGGGAGCUGGAGCAGUACAAGCAGCGGGUGGAGCGCCAGGAGCUCGGGAUCGAGGAUGAGGAUCAGGAGCUAACAUCUGAGGAUGUCUCCACCCUCUCACAGUCUGUGUCUCAACCGCAGUCUCCACAAAUAACCCCGGCUGCUGAAGAAAACCACGGCGACGGGCUCCUGAACGGCCGGGACUUCCUGCAGGACGUGGGGGAGGACCUGAGCAAGCGCCUGAGUCAGCUGACCACCAGCACGGCCGAGAGCCUGGAGGUGGCGAACGCGCCCGCCGACAAGACGGAGGAGCCGCUCACCCCCGAGGGCUCCCCCGCCAAGUCCCCCAGCAAGAAGAAGAAGCUCUUCCGCACCCCCUCCUUCCUCAAGAAAAGCAAAAAGAAGGAGAAGGUCGAGGCCUGAAAGGUGCCCUUAAAAAAAACAACAACAACAACAACAAAAACACGAUUAAGUCAAGGACUCACAUCUCAAAAUGAGGGGUUUGGGUGUAACGGAGAAAUUAGAAGUCUUGAGCCAAAUGUAAAGUUGAAGUAAGUCCUGGAGAACUGGCUCUUUCUGCAGAAGGGGGGUUAUUUCUGCCUAGGCCUGAUCAUGAAUUAUGAAAUCACCCUUUUUGUUUUUCUUCGUUUUGUUUUGUAUAUUUUCUCGACGUGGGCGGGUAAAGCACGUCGAUUGUUCGUAUCUUAACUGCACAAAAGAGGGUGUGGCUAAACGUUCCCUUGUACAAUUCCCCUUUUUAAUAGUGAGAGUGACGCCCUUUCUUAAGUCGGGGUUUUGGGUCACUCGAGAUAUUUUUGAUGAGAUCCUUUCUGAAUCCCGUCCGAAUGCUUUGUGAGCGGCGGUGGCGACUGCUGCAUCGGACGCUUGCCGUGAAAGAGACGGAACUUUCUGGAAGAGGCCUCGGGUGACCGGGCGGCCUUCACGGCUGGUCCAGCUCCUUCACAGACCCUCCUGUGAAAAAUGGCUGCGCUGUUAUUUUUAGAAGAGCCGCUCCUUCCCCUCUCAUUUCCGACUUCUGAGCCUUUCUUCUAAGAACGCGCCGCGUCCAUUUUACAGCACGAGAGAAAAGGAGCACGGCAUGACGGGUAACGAGUUCCCGAAAUGGCCGUCUGUUUUAACCCUUAAAGUACGAAUCCGGUCAUCUCAUGAAACUUUGUUUUUAUUGUCAUUGAUUCAGUUUUAAAAUUUUUAGUCCACUUGGUUUUUUUUCAGUCCUUUUUUUACACGUUUGAAGAGAAGGCAAAUGUAAAAUGUGUUUUGCGUCACGUCGCGAUCGAUUAGCGAAGCCGCGUGUCUAAAGUGAUAUAACUACACGCAUUGCAUCUCAGAUUGUUAGAACCUGUUUUAAUAACACUUGUACAAACUGGAGUAAGUGUCUAACACUUUAUUUGACGUUGCUGCACUUUUAUUGGCAUGUAAUGAAAAGCAUGUUAGGAAGUUUCACCAGAUGAAGGCUUGUGUAUCGGAAAAGAACUGGGGUACUGAAGCAGAGCAGGAUGUUCUUUGAUUUGCAGAGAUGAGUUUAGCAGUUUUCACUGGAAACAUAUCUAUCUACAGUAGGUAGAAUAAGAGGAGAAGAGGAGGUUUAAAAGUUUGUUUUAUAGUUUAUGUAGAAGGGUCAUUCGGAGUUAGACAUUUGGCACAAGUCAUUUCUGAAUUUGAGACAUACUGGACACCUUUUUCAUUUUGACCGUGAAGUUUUCUCCGCUCAUAUUACAACUGAAAAAUUUUGGGCAUUAAUGACCAGGUUCCCUUUGUGAAAGCCAUUGUUUUGCAACUUCCUCUAAAUAUAUUCCCUUUUUUUUUUUCUUUUUUCUUCAAAGGCACUCUUGACCAGUUCUACAAAAAAAAACGCUGGAUCUAAUUUUUGAAUGAGAAAUGUCUGGCAUGAUCUUUUGUUGCCCUGCAAUGAAGCAUUUUCAUAUGUAAGGGAUUUGUAUGAUAACAGGAAAAUCUCUCAGUGAGAAAAUGAGUCAGAUAAAUAGUGCUAACGUGCUUUUAGCAGUUCUUUGAGCCACUGGAGAAUAAUUUCUCUGUGAAAGGGGUGUGUACCUCCCACUUAAUGAAUUAGUGAAUAUGGUUAUAAUCGAGGGAGAAAUGUUAUGCAGACAUUUUUUUUAAUAUAAGAACAUUUUUUUGCCGUCUGCAAGAUUGAUUCCACUCACAAAUGAGUUGAACUUCAUAAAUAUGUGGGCGUCCCAUUUAAAAAAAAAAAAAAAACAUUCCUUCAUUAUUUUGUCCUCCAUUCUUUGCUCGAAUAGCACGUUAGCUGGAACAUUAACUCUCAAAGGCUGUCAAACUGGUGUUCAUUUAUCCAUGUACUGCUCUUCUAUCCAUCUCCAAACUCUUGAUUUGCGGGUCUGUUCUCUAAUGUAACUUGUAAAUGUUUAACAUUCAUCUUGUUUUGCUUAGUUUUUUAGCCGUACUGUGCCAUUUCCAUUUUAAUAGCGUUUUAUUUUUUUAUAAAAAAGUAUGUCUGAAGAUGUCGACCAUGAACAAAAAAUGAGUUCUUGCGCAUUCCAAACGGUUAGAAGAGGAUUCUAAUAUCCCGGCUAGCAAUGUGAAUUAGUAUUGCUGUGACGCAAAGAGGAGAGGCACAUUAAAACGUUGUAAAUAGUAUGUGAGGGUGUCGGGCCAGUCGCUGGAGAAGAGUGAGCUUCAAAAAGGAAAGAACCUGACGCUGACUCGUACUGGAAAGGUUUCCCUCCCGUUUUGUGUUUUUAAUCCUGUACGCAUCUUUUGCUUUUGAAAUAUAAUUAACUUUUUUUUUUCUUCCUGUGUUUCAACAUACAUUUUGAAAGAGGAUUUUACUGAGCACUAAGCUUUCUCCUCGUUCUUAGGAGCGUAACUCGAUGGGAAAUGUCACGCCUUGCUGUGUUUUCUCUGCACCUUCGUUCACUAACGCCGCCAUUUUGUGUAGACGUUUUGAGCUGCUUCGGCUUCUGAGUUACAGCCAGACUAAUCUGAGACCUGUGGAAACUAUGAAUGCUCAUCUACUGGAUUUUCUCUUAGAUGUAUCUCUAAUCUGUGUAAAUUCACAAAUAAAAACAAUAUUUUGAUGAAUCACUGCUAUUUUUUAAGUCUGAUUUAGGACUGUGUCGAAUUAAACCAGAGUAAAAAAUAAAAAGAAUUGUACUUUU